AUGUUGCCCUGUGUUUACUUUGUCAGACUCUAUUUAUCAGCAGCCGAAUUUCCGGACAAUCGCGGCCUCUUGGUUCAGGCAGGCGCUGGCAAAGCUUGCCUCUUGCUCGCGUUUGAUUCAAACACACAAAAGGGCCAGUGUGCUGCUGCUCAGACCCUUGCUCGACUCGCAAUUUCUAUGGAUCCCCGUGUCGCAUUCCCUGGUCAGCGUUCCCUUGAAACGGUGCGCCCUAUUCUCCAAUUGCUUGCGGCUGAAUGCACUGGUCUUCAAAACUUUGAGGCACUUUUAGCUCUUACUAAUCUUGCCUCCCUGGACAAUACGCACAGGUAUUUGCGGUUCUUGCUUUUGUUGUUUGUUUUUGGUACCAUUAGUAUUUAG